AUGCCUUUUUACCCCCCUGAAUGGGUACCGCAAUGCCCCGAGAUACCUGACAGCGUAUCAAUUCCCGAGUUUAUGUUCGAGGAGAAACAUGGUCGGACACCAAUAUCAGAAUCUGCGGACGCCUAUAUCUGCGGAUUGACAGGAAAGAAGACCAGUGCGGCACAACAGAAGGAGCAAUAUACAUACUUGGCAAGAGCACUUGCGAAAGAGUUUGGAUGGAAGGUGAACGAGGGCACCGAGUUCGACAAGGUGUGUGGUGUUUUCGCGCUGAACACGAUUGAUGUCAUGACGCUGAACUGGGCGAUACAUCGACUGAACGGCGUCUCUUCGCCCGCAAACGCUGCGUAUAGCGCCGAUGAGCUGAGACAUCAGCUGACGAAUUCCGAUUCGAAAGCGCUAUUCACUGUAAUGCCCUUGUUGGAGGUGGCCCUCGAGGGCGCGAAGAAGGCAGGAGUCGAUCGGUCGAAGAUAUACCUGUUGUCCAUGCCUGGCGAUGAUGCAUCGAAAUAUCCAAAGGACUUGAAGACUUUCGAUCAGCUUGUUGAAGCUGGCAAGAAACUACCAGAGUUGGAGCAGUCGAAAUGGGAGAAGGGUCAAGGUGCUCGGCAGACAGCUUUCCUCUGCUAUAGCUCUGGCACGUCGGGAUUACCAAAAGGCGUGAUGAUUUCUCACAGAAACGUGAUUGCCAAUACGUUGCAGAUCAAAGCCUAUGAUCAGAAAUGGCGGGAGAAGCUAACUGCUGGUGGAAAUCACAAUGAGGUUGCAUUAGGCCUGCUGCCUCAAUCCCACAUUUACGGCUUGAUCGUUAUUUGUCACGAAUCGACAUAUCUUGGACAUAGCGUCGUGGUCCUGCCCAAGUUCGACAUGCAGAAUUAUCUGAACAGUAUACAAAAGUACAAAAUCACCACUCUGUACAUUGUGCCUCCAAUCAUUAUCGGUAUGGUCAAGCAGAAAGAGCUGUGCUCAAAGUACGAUCUUUCAUCUGUUGUCAGUAUCUUCACUGGCGCAGCACCACUAGGACAGGAAACAGCUGUCGAGCUCUCGAAACAAUAUCCAAAGUGGAAGGUCAGGCAGGGAUAUGGCCUUACGGAGACUUGCACAGUCGUGUGCUCGACACAGCCCGAAGACAUUGUCUUUGGCUCCUCCGGCUGCUUGCUACCUGGUUAUACUGCCCGAGUUAUGUCAAUUGAGGGAAAUGAGAUCACUGGCUACGAUCAGCCUGGUGAGCUGCUGGUCAAAUCUCCCUCAGUCACGCUUGGCUAUCUGAAGAACGAGAAGGCUACAAAGGAGACCUUUGUCGAUCUCGAAGAUGGCCGCUACAUGCGUACAGGCGACGAAGUCGUCUUCAAGAAAGCGUCAUCUGGUAGUGAACACGUCUGGAUCGUGGAUAGGUUGAAGGAACUCAUCAAGGUCAAGGGUCUGCAAGUCGCUCCCGCCGAGCUUGAAGCAGCACUGCUCGGACAUCCAGCUGUCGCCGAUUGUGCGGUCAUUCCUGCCCCUGACGAAAGGGCUGGCGAGGUUCCGAGGGCAUAUGUGGUCAAGUCCAAUUCAGUGGGCUUAGAAGAGAGUGACGCCGCUGUGAAGCGAGAUAUACAACGAUUCAUCGAGAAGGAGAAGGCCAGGCAUAAGUGGUUGAAAGGAGGUAUAGAGUUCAUUGACGUUAUUCCAAAGAGCCCCUCUGGAAAGAUCUUGAGGCGUAUGUUAAGAGACAAGGACAAGGCAGCCCGAAUGAAGAAGGGUGCGAAGCUGUAG